CAGAUUGAAAAAAUGACUCACUUAGACUCAGCCAAACCCUCUAUAAAGGGUAGAAGAAAGAAAUAAAAGGCUCCUCACUCCUCCAGAAGGCUCUGUCUUCCAGAUCACAUUAUUUCUCAUCUCACAAUGACCGCCGCAACCGACUCUGCCCUCAGCCUCCAAGGCAAAGUAGCCAUCAUCACUGGCUCCGGCAAGAAACGAGGCAUUGGUGCUGGUAUAGCAUCUGCUCUUGCACAGCACGGUGCAUCGGUCGUCAUUAACUACGUCUCGCCGUCUACAGCGUCCUCCGCCGCCGCAGUGGCCGAGAGUAUUGCCGCUGCGGGUGGAAAGGUGCUUGUCAUACAGGCAGACAUCUCUCGUCCUGAAGAGGCACAAAGACUCGUGGAAGAGACGGUCGCCAAAUUUGGAAAGAUCGAUAUACUAGUCAACAAUGCCGGGACAGGGGUCCCAGGUCCCGCACUGAGUGCCACUCCGGAGUGUAUGGCGACUACCUUUGGCGUCAAUGUCUUUGGGCCUCUCUAUCUGGUUCAAGCUGCUGUAGCACAUAUGCCACCGCGCAGCCGUGUCAUCAACAUUGGUUCCGUGGCGUCGAAAUUGGGAAUUUCCGGCUCGCCGAUCUAUCUCGCUUCCAAGGCGGCAACAGAUGCUUUGACACUCGCUCUGGCUGGUGAGCUGGGCCGUGGUCAUGGUGGCAUAACCAUCAACACGGUCUCCCCUGGCCCUGUGGACACGGAUGGUGUGCCAGCUCCAGUAGCGGAAAAGAUUCACAAGACUAUGGUGCCCAUGACCCGGGUUGAAGAGAGAGUUGGGACUGUGGAAGAUGUUGCGGAUGCGGUGCUGUUGUUGUGCUCCGAGAAAAGCCGAUGGAUCUCAGGACAGGUCAUCUCAGUCAGUGGUGGCAUUAUACACGAUGAGUUGGAUUUAGCUGCAUAA